GAGAUGCCUGCCCUGACCCCACUGGAACUGCUGCGAUACUCAGUGCGUGGAACGCACGAGGCAAUUCGUUGACACAUUGUGCAACUCAAGUUGUCCUAUCCUAAUGCUAGGCAACCCGGUGCGAGCGACAUACUCGACGUUCUACACAUGGGCGUCGAUCCUCGACCUUCUGGAGGAUGGCCUGACAUACUCAUUCAACAAAGCGGAACAACAUGCCCAGGACUGCAUGCACGCCGGGUGCCUACACACACUGUUGCAGGUAGGCCGCUGCAGCCCGCCGCAUGUAUAGCCCUAGACCAGUACACCCGCACUACGCUGCGCCGCCAGGCCUGUUGGUAGCGAACCACGAUGUCCUGCUACUCGACGGUGACGGGCACGUCCCUGGCCACGCUGAGCUCGGAGAGCGUCUCGACGUCGUACAGCACGAGCGUCAGCUCGUACGCGACGACGAAGUCGACGGUGACCUCGUGCGGGACGGCCACGUUUGGCCUCUUUCCUGUGCCGACAUGUUCGACUUUCGAGACGACCAUUGGAGGGGGAGCUACGACUCUGCAGAUUCCUAUAAUGACGACUGUCACGCUAACGCAAGCAAUCACGAACACCCUGUACGGAACGACCUGCUCUAGCGGGAGCACCUCCGCGCAGACCUCAGCUCCAUCCUCCGGCUCUUCCGGGUCUACCGCGACCUCAACGUCCGACGGCUCUACGUCGUCUUCUGAUGCGCAGACAUCCGCAGAAUCGUCGUCUCCGCCGUCAUCCACCACCUUCUUGUUACAGUCCACUGAGACGACAGUGGUGGGAGGGUCCACUGUAACGACUCAGAUAACCUCAUUGGAGGUCGUCGCCGUGACUGCGUCGUCAACACUUGCUGCCAGCCUGCCGUCAGGGAGCAGCACGAGUAGCGACUCGGCUCCUACGGGUGCAAUUAUUGGCGCGAUUAUCGGUGGAAUUGCCGCUUUGGUCCUUCUGGCGUUUGGCUUUGCAUUCUUUUCACGAGGGAAGAAACGUCCUGACGAUGUCCAAGAGAAAGAUCCUGAACCUGACAUGACGACACUGGCCAGUAGGAUGCUACGGAAGCGGCGGGACAAAAAGGGCGACAUCGAUAUCGACGCCGAGGCGCGUCCCUUCACAGAAGGGCUGCCCUACCAACUUGGGGACAUCUCCGUCAACACCAUCCCACCGACACCUCCGCAGAAGGACCUACCGAUGCGAUUUGCCUCCAAGCUCAAACCUCUCCCUAAAUCUCCCCGUGCGACAUGGUAUUCCGUCGUACCUAGCAAAUCCCCGCCGCCUGACCAAUCAGACCGGUCCUCCAUCGCGACCAUCCGCGCCACGCCCCGGGCCACGCCUGCAAGCCAGCCUCUUCCGCAGCUCACCGUCAACCCGCCCAGCCCGAGAUUACCCAUGUUACACGUCUCGAACGUCUCGCCUCGCAACUCCGCGCUGCUCACGCCGCCGCCGCUCCCGGAGAAGAGCCACUUCCUGCCCCGUCCCCGGCGGGGGAAGGCCCCCGAGCGGCAGGACGGCGCGCCCCCUGCGUCGCGGAGCCACACCCCACGCACGUCACUGCGCGCGUCUUUCUUCGGGACGCCCUCGCUGAGGAUGCCUGUCCCGUCGAUGCCUGCUAUCUGGCCUGUGGUGCAGCAUGAGGAUGGCGGGCCCGCGCAAGCUGGGCCGUCGGCUCCUCGCAGAGACAAGGCAGCAGAAGCUGCUUCCGAGCGCCCGGCUGAGGGUUCGGGAGACAUGCCUCCGCCUGCAUAUUCUGCGUAGAUAUUGCUUUGAGAAGGCUGGGGCCUUCGGGAUGCUAUUAGGUAGUGACUUCCGCGUAACUUAUUGCGUUGACUACUUGACUGCUAUGCGUUCUUGCCUGACCUUCUCCGGUCGUAUGACAGAUGAUGAUUAUGACUUCGGUCUUUACGUUUCCCAUUGCACACGUCAUCUUGCUGUCCAUAAGGACCCAUAUCUGUCUUUCGGAAGAGGUAAUGGCAAGUCAAGCAGAGAGCGAACCGAAGC